AUUUGGAGUUCUGUAGUUUCUGUAGGCGGAGUUAGCAGGAAGUCGCGAAGUUUGUUCACACAAUUCUUUUCUUUGCCCUGCGAUACGCUUACGGUCAGGGCUGAGUGAUAUCUGUCUUUCAGGAAGGUUUUUGAGGAUAACAACAACCAGGACAACAAUGCCCCUCAGAACACAGUCAGUGACAUAAUACUAGGAAUAAUGAAUGCAUAGACAGUGCAUUAAAAAAUGUUUAUUGAUAAAAUGACAGCGAUUACAAUGUCUCUGUCUUCAGUCUUUUGCACCACUAGCAAAACUCAGUGAACGCAAUUAACAGUGUAGGAGUGGUUGAGUUGGCUUAUAUGACUACGGGGAGACGACGUUCUGUGCCAGGAGCAGAGGGCAGGCUGAAUCAAGGGAGUGGCAGACCUCAACCAGGGCAGGACGGCUGCGGCCUGGAGCAAAUGGGCACGAUGAUGGGCCCCGUUCUACUCUGGCUCCAGGAUGUGGCGGCUGUGACCCUGCUGAGGGCUCGGCGCACUUUGCUGCGGGCCGCCGUUCUGUUGUCUGUGUUUGUGCUGCUGCUCUGGGUGUCUGUCUUUCUCUAUGGCAGUUUCUACUACUCCUACAUGCCCACAGUUAGCUUCUCCACGCCAGUGAACUACCAGUACAGAACUGACUGCGAACCUGCCAACUCCAUUCUCUGUUCAUUCCCCAUGGCCAAUGUCUCACUCCUAAAGAAUGGCAGAGAGCAGGUGAUGAUGUAUGGUCAGCCCUACCGGGUUUCUGUUGAACUGGAGAUGCCAGAAUCUCCAGUUAAUGAGCAGCUCGGAAUGUUUAUGGUCAAAAUGUCCUGCUACACCAAGGGCGGGAAAACUGUGUCCACUGUGGCUCGAUCUGCCAUGCUGCACUAUCGCUCCAGCCUUCUGCAGACUCUGAGCACCUUGCUGUUUUCUCCACUGUUAAUGACAGGGUUGUCUGAGCAGAAGCAGCUUAUAGAGGUGGAGCUCUUCUCAGACUACAAGUCUGACUCUUAUCAUCCCACCAUAGGGGCUGUGAUAGAGAUUCAGUCUCGACGGGUGCAGAUCUAUUCUGCCCAACUUAGGAUCCAUGCCUAUUUCACUGGUAUUAGAUACCUCUUGUAUAAUUUCCCUCUAACGUCAGCAGUCAUUGGAGUUGCCAGUAACUUCACCUUCCUCAGUGUCAUUGUGCUUUUUAGUUACCUGCAGUACAUCUGGGGAGGACUGUGGCCCCCAGAACAGGUCCGAGUGCAGGUGAUGAUAGGAGACACAACCCGUCUUGAGCAGAGGCGAGAGGAGGCCCGAAGACGCAUGCGCACGUCUGCCAGUACACCCAUUAUGAAGUACGAGAGGGAGAGAAAUGCAACAGUAGACCAACCUCAAGAGCCAGAGCAAACUACAGGCCUUAGAAACAAACGUGAGCUAGACAUGGUCAGUGUGAUUGGUUCAGUUGGUGAACUCAGUCAGGACGGUGGGAACGCUCUUGAGUACUCCACAGAUGAUGGUCUCAUGCUCAUGGAGGCUCCACACACAGCAGAGAUUGAUGUGAAUGAAGAAGAGCUUGAGCCUGAGGAGAGGGCCACAGAUGUGAAGAGCAUGGCCCAUGAUGAGGGCACAUCCCAGCCCCAGCCUUCUGACACCAGCCUAAGACAAAGAAAUUCACCAUGGAUGAGUCUCUGAGUUCUCUCUGGAUUGGGGUUAGACUCUCAGACAAUUUCAGGCAUAAACUCACACUUGCUUACUCAUUCAGUUACAUGUGUGUGCCUCGCGUCACUCCUAUUGGGGAUCAAUAGCUGACACGCCCUGACUAGCAAGUACACAAUUGACAUGCUUUGUGUUGACCAAUGUGGGCUUUCCUUUAUCUGUUUCGAAACAAUUUACCUCACCUCAAUUUACGUUGAACUCUUGCCUGCUCUUCAACUCUCCAGCUUUUCUGAACAACAUUUCACAGGAAACAGAACUCGGUUACAUUUAUGCUAACUAGCUAGGAAUUCUAAAGCACACGUAGUGUGCAUACAGCUCUAACAGCUGCAGUCAAUGUUGUUUUUUUGUCCAUGCGCACAUAUCACAUGGAGUCAAGUACACUCUCAUGUCUAGGGUGAAGAUCAUUCCACUUGAAAUGAACAAAUACGACUUCCAUUUUUUUAUCUAGCAAAUUUACUGAUUUUAAUGUAUACACAGAAACAUUAGGAGGGACCUAUUAUGCUGUUUUUGAGGAUCUAUACAUGGCAGAGCUGCUAGACCGUCACUGUUUCUUCACAUCAGGAUUGAAAGAGAAUUAUCUGUUACAGCUAGUAAAGGGUUAACUGUUGCAUUACUAUAGAGGAUUUAGCUGCUGCAUUUAAUGGAGUCUAUGAGGCCAUGUAAAACAAAGUAUUUCAAAGUGCUGUUAAUCAAAGGAGUGCUUCACUGGCCCCUAGAAACUCACUCCAGUGAGUUUGCAGUGAGCAUACUGACCAAUAACUGUUGAGUGUUUAUUCAUCAAGACAUAUUUUUUGAAUGUUUUGGAAUAAAGGGACUUGAAUGAGGAACUUAAGGGAGUAGAGAACAUUUCCCAGGGCUACCUAAGUCAGCACUUUAGUGACAAAAUACUGCAUAGUGAAAUGUUGUAAAAUGCUUUUUAAAAUCUGAAGAAACUUUAAAUCUCUUCUUUCUUUUUUUUUUACCACCACAAGCAGUGCAAAUUGGCCUCCCUGGACAAAAAUGUAGGCAGCCUGGUCUAAGAAGGUAAAAUGACUAUCAUUGCCUGAAGGCUAAUAAAUGGGUACCACUUUACAAUAAGUCUACCCUUAUAAAAGGUUUACAAAUGGUCUAAAAUUUGUUUAAUAAUGGUUAUUAUUUAGGAUUUUGAGCACCUUAAAAAUCAGUAAUAAGCAGUUAUGUCACAUAAAUACAAAGGGAAGCCUGAUACUUGCCAAAUAGUCAAACCACAUUUAUCUUAGAUUUUGCCAGUCACUGAUCUUGAUUUGUAUUUCAGUCUGCAUUAUCAGCUUCAUCAGAUAUUCGUAUUCGUCAGAUACGACAGCUCACCCGACCUCUUAUUUUUGUAAUGUUGUAAUAUUAAUGAUUUAAGGUGUUUAGUAACGAAAUAAUAAACUAAUUUUAAACCAUUCAUAAACAGUUUAUAAGGGCAGCAUUACUGUAAAGUGGUACUAGUAAAUGCAGUCUAAACAGGAUACAUUCAACUAUGUAUAGGAAUACAUACCAAGAGACAAGUAAUGAAUGUUCCAAAGAUUGGAAUUUUUUUUUCUCUUGCCUGGAUAAUGUACAUGUUGUGUAGUAGUACAUUUGUGUUUGGUAGAAUGUAGUAGUUUUAAUGUAUGCUAUUUUUAGUUUACAUUUCUUAUUUAUUUAAUAAAUGUUGUAGAUUUUGUUGUGA